CAGGGUAUGUAAAACAGAUAAAAGAUUACUUUGCAAAUGCGCAAUUAGAAAAGGAAUUGGUUAAAUAUAAUGGAUCUGUUAAGUUAGCAACCAGAAAGUUUACUGAAGAAGAGCUGGAAGAGGCCACAUCCAAUUACGAUGAUGGCAGAAUCAUUGCUACCGGAGAGCAUGGAAAAGUGUACAAAGGAAUUCUAUCAGAUGAGAGAGUGGUUGCCGUAAAGAAGUUCAAGUCCGAAGAAUCUACCCGUAACAAGUUUGUUAUAGACGUAAGUUUUCUUUCUCGGAUCAACCACAGGCAUGUGGUGAGGCUCUUAGGUUACUGUAUUGAUUCGAGACAACAAACCUUGGUUUACGAUUUCAUCAACAAUGACACUCUUUACAAGCACAUUCACGAAAAAAACGAAGGAUCGUCAACACUCUCAUUCGAACUACGAAUGAAGAUAGCAGCAGAAAUCGCUGCGGCGCUAGCAUACAUGCACUCCUCCUCCACUUCCAAUUCACCAAUCAUACAUCUAAACGUGAAUUCGAAAAGAAUACUAUUGGAUGAGAAUUACACGGCAAGAUUGGCCUACUUUAGAAAUGCAAGAAUUCUUCAUGGUAAAACUCAUGUAGAAGGUACCGUGCGAGGCUUAUCCGGAUACUUAGACCCUGAAAGUACAAACACGUUGUCAGAAAAGAAUGACAUCUAUAGCUUUGGCGUUGUCCUAGUGGAGCUAGUAACAAGCCAGAAGGCGUUUUGUGAAGAGAGGCAUGAGGCAGACAAACACCUUGCAAGCUUCUUUCUUCGCUCGGUGGAAGAGAGUCGCUUGGAUCAAAUUCUUGAUGGUGAAAUAAUCAAGGGGGAAAAUCUUGGGACAGCCAAAAAAGUUGCUGGUCUGGCAAAACGCUGUUUAGGGUCACGAAAUGAAAGGCCUUCCAUGAAAGAAGUAGCCACGAAGCUUGAGGUAUUGCGAUUUAUGGAAUGGCAUUAUUCAGCUGCUACGGGAAUGGCUAAGUUGAAUUUUUCUCAAUCUCCCAAAAAAACUGACAACUUGCUUGGUUCACCUUCACAAGCUCAAGUUCUUGAGGUUAGACGUGGAUUUGAUGAAUUUUUUGGUUCUUGUGGGAUUGUAACCGCUGCAGAGUUAUAUGACAGCAGUGCAGGGGCAUACCACAGCGGCAUGCUAAAUCAAAUCCAAAUUAGUGUUGAAGCCGAUAAUUGAUUGGUUUGUUCCUAACGAAAAGUGUGUCAAAUUAUUAUCUUUUGAAUGUUUGGUCAUAAAUGUAUGAGUCCGGAUUUUGA